CCAGCUACACCUCCCGGAUUAUAAGGGCCAAGGCUACAGAUGGCAGGCUGGGUUAUUCAAAGCCAUCUGCUCUGUUUAUGUUGCUGCCUUCCCAAGUAAAAAUCGAAGGAAAAGAGAGGUGGGGGGAAACCAAAAGGAAGCCUCCGGCAACUUGAACGCUUUGAAGACACAGAGAUCCCCCACUUGGAGUAUGUUCCGAUGACACUUUUAAGUACAGUGGUUAAAAGAAUGGUUCUGAAGGAACUGGGGAAACAUCAGCCCUCAUGCUGACCAGGCUUUCAAUUCUUCUGCUGGGUACAUCUGAUGACAACAGUGGCAACAGCAGGCAUUUGCAGCCCUGACCUGAAGCAAUGACACUUAAUAAAUCCUAGCUCCAAAGGUGCAGCUCCUCCAAGAACCUUUGCUAAAGGUGGACACAGUCUCCCCACAGCUGACCUGAAAGAUGAGUGAUGGCACAUGGAUUACGCUCAGUCCGGCAGAGUUUGCUCAGCUCCAACAGUAUUCUGAUUAUUCCACAAAGAAAUUAAAAGAUGUUUUAGAAGAAUUUCAUGGGGAUGGCAUCCUCUCAAAAUACAAUCCAGAACAGCCUAUUGAUUAUGAGGGAUUUCAACUCUUCAUGAGAACAUACCUGGAGGUGGACAUUCCCGAGGACCUAUGCCAGCAUCUCUUCAUGUCCUUUAAGAGAAAAGUCUGUCAGAAUUCUCCAGAAAGCCAGCAGCAAAGUUCCAGCAUUUCCCAGCUCAACACACUUGAGGGCAAGACUAUUGAUACCGGCAUCUCCAUCCAGACUGAAGUUGCUUGCGCUCCAGUCACAGGGAUCAAUGGGAAGACUCUGCUGAGCGCCAUGGGAAGGCACACGCCUGAAUCCAAAAGCCCCCAGGCAAACCUAGCAGAGCUGCAACCAUCAUCCCUAUGUCCCACUCCAACUGCCAACAACAGUGCCCUAGGAAAUGCCUCACCUAGCUGGUCCAGGUCAUCAUCACAGAAAUCCACUGCUGGCCCCCCCUCUACUCACAACUCCUCAGGGUCCUCCAAGAUCUCCUCAGGCUCUCUGCUUAGUCCGCAAUCCCCAGGCUCCAGAAGCUUGGAGAAGAAAUUACCCUUCAGCCUCCGAAAGAGCAACAACUCCCUGAAAACUGCCAGUCCACACUCACCACCCCCACUGGCUCAGGUAGUCUACCUGAAGGACAUUGUCUGCUACCUGUCACUGCUGGAAAGGGGACGGGCUGAGGAUAAGCUGGAGUUUAUGUUUCGUCUCUAUGACACAGAUGGCAACGGCCUCCUGGACAGCUCGGAGUUGGAUCAUAUUAUCAAUCAGAUGGUUCAUGUAGCAGAAUAUCUGGAAUGGGACUCCACAGAACUAAGGCCAAUCCUGAAGGAGAUGAUGGAAGAAAUAGACUAUGAUCAUGAUGGAACUGUGACACUAGAAGAAUGGAUUCGAGGUGGCAUGACCACCAUCCCUUUGCUGGUUCUGCUGGGCAUGGAAACGAAUGUAAAGGACGAUGGUCAGCAUGCCUGGAGGCUGAAGCACUUCAAGAAGCCCGCCUACUGCAACUUCUGUCGUACCAUGCUCCUGGGGGUCAGGAAGCAAGGCUUGUGCUGUUCCUUUUGUAAAUACACAGUCCAUGAAAGAUGCGUAGCCAAAGAGAUUGCCCCUUGUAUCAGCACGUAUGUGAAAUCCAAGAGAAAUACCAAUGUGAUGCAGCACACAUGGAUUGAGGGGAACUCCCCAGCCAAGUGUGAUCGGUGUCAUAAAAGCAUCAAGUGUUAUCAGGGCAUUACCGGACUACAUUGCGUAUGGUGCCAAAUCACACUUCACAACAAAUGUGCCUCUCAUGUGAAGCCAGAGUGUGAUGGUGGGCAGCUCAAGGACCACAUCUUAUUGCCUUCCCACAUCUGCCCCGUGGUUCUGGAUAGGCAAUCUCACCCAAGAAGAUCAGACAGUGAAUCACCAUCCAGCACUACCCCAGAUGAUACAAACCUGACCUUCAGAUACAACACUAUGACAGUGGAUGGGCAUGGGCUGCAGAUUACCCCUAGGCCUGGAACGCAUCCACUGUUGGUGUUUGUGAACCCCAAGAGUGGAGGGAGACAAGGAGAAAGGAUCCAUCGGAAAUUUCAUUAUCUACUCAACCCUAGACAAGUUUACAACCUGGACCGAGGGGGACCCACUCCUGGAUUAAAUUUUUUCCGUGAUGCUCCAGACUUUCGGAUUCUGGCCUGUGGAGGGGAUGGGACCGUUGGGUGGAUUCUGGACUGCAUAGAUAAGGUAAACUUAACCAAGCACCCUGCUGUAGCUAUACUGCCUCUUGGAACAGGAAAUGACCUUGCCCGCUGUCUUCGUUGGGGAGGAGGUUAUGAAGGAGGCAACUUAAUAAAAAUCCUGAAAGACAUUGAGCAUAGUACUGAGGUAAUGCUCGACCGGUGGCAAAUUGACAUGAUCCCCAAUGACAAAGAGGAGAACGGAGACCCUGUCCCAUACAGCAUCAUCAACAACUAUUUUUCCAUAGGCGUGGAUGCAUCCAUUGCACACAGAUUCCAUAUGAUGAGGGAAAAACAUCCUGAAAAAUUCAACAGCAGAAUGAAGAAUAAACUGUGGUAUUUUGAAUUCGGCACGACUGAAACCUUUGCUGCCACCUGCAAAAAGCUCCAUGACUAUGUAGAGAUCGAGUGUGAUGGAACGGUUCUGGAUCUGAGUAGCACUUCAUUGGAGGGUAUUGCAGUCCUCAACAUUCCCAGCAUGUAUGGAGGCUCCAACCUCUGGGGGGAAACCAAGAAACAACGCAGCUAUAACCGGAUGAGCAAGAAAGUACCGGAAAAGUUACAAUCCUCAGUCGUUACAGAUGCCAAAGAGCUCAAGUUCUGUGUCCAAGACCUUAGUGAUCAGCUCCUGGAAGUCGUGGGACUUGAAGGGGCUAUGGAGAUGGGGCAGAUCUAUACAGGACUGAAAAGUGCUGGGAAGAGGCUGGCCCAGUGUUCCUCCGUCACCAUCAGAACAACCAAGCUGUUGCCCAUGCAAGUGGAUGGAGAGCCCUGGAUGCAGCCCCCCUGCACAAUUAAAAUUACCCACAAAAGCCAAGUGCCAAUGUUGCUAGGCCCUCCCCAAAAGACCAGCUUCUUCUUCCUCAGGAGAAAAAACCGAACUCGAGAUUAAUCUGCAACCAAGCAAAGAAUACUCUUCAAAAAUGGCCAUUCUCUGUGCCAGGCAAACUCACAGGGAAAGCCUGUGGAAAAGAAACCUUCAUCCCUUCAGAUUUCCUGGCUUCUGUAUCUGCUUUGGAAACAUCAGUCUGGAGGCAGCAUUAUGAACCGUUAGUGGAAAAUAACAGGGUUGACAUUCGGCAGUCAAACUGAAAUAGCGAUGUGGGUUUGUAUAUACAUGCACACAUAGCCACAUUUUCUAAAUAUCACUGGCAGGGAUAACACUAACAUUGGUGGUUCAGGAGGAUUUUUCUCCUGCAUGAUGCCACAGUUCAAGAAGGGAAAAUUCAGCUGUUUUGGUUGGGCUGUGGUAAAAGUUGGGCCUUUUGGAAGGAAAGCUGAUCUGCAUAUCCAUGAAGUACACAGCCCUGUCAGAAAGCAAACAAACAGACAUCGAAACGGCAUGUCUGACAUAGUGCUGCAGAUGGAAUUUGGGAUCUUUUCCAUUUAUUUGGACACUUUAGAACCCCAGAAGUUGCUGUUGAUCCAUUAAACUAGGCAAGAAACCAAGGUUCACUUAUUUAUUUUGCAAAGUAUGUCAGAAGACAUUUGGCAUCUCACUGCACUGCCCUUGUGGUCAUCACCAGGUCCUACACAUUAUUAGAAAUGUUAUUUAUUUUUACUUCGUUUAGAAAACACUGCGGAGGCAAGAAAAGAAAGGAGGAGGUACAUUGUUUUCACAGCUCUUGAAACAACGUCUUUUGCUAGCUUGGUUGUAACUUUUUUUUAAGUAGAAGCUGGUUAGGCGUUCCAUUUCAGAGACACAUGGAUACUGAAAGCUAUCCUUGCCAAGAGGAAACCAGAAAGAGUGAGUUAAUGAGUAAAAGGCUGGAGCCUUUUUUGGAAGCAGCAAGCAAACUCAGGGUAUUUAAAAUGUAUGACUAGCCAAGUGCAGUUUGGUAAAAUUAUGACAAAAUUUGAGAAUCCUUUGAGCUUAGAUGUUAGACCUCAGUGUUAAUAUUACUAUAUUCUUUUUUUAACAUGUGGAGGUUUGUUGGGGAGUGGGUACUUCAGCCUGAAUGCAUUUAAUAUAUGUGAAAUGUCUCAGUUUUCCUGGCAGCUUCUAUGAAGAGAGAGCUUUCUGAAGUGUUUCUCGUGAGACUGAUUUAAUCCAGUGGCAAAUAAUGUAGGCUGAGUAUUGAGUGCAUGACAAUAGCCUGAACCUGGGAUAUGACUUUAAUACAAAAUCAUGUGCAAUUUCUAUAGCAGACAUUUGAUUGCCUUUAAAAGGCCAGCCUGGUCUCAUGGUCUCAAGCUCAGAGUUCAAAGAAAGAACCUUUUUCAUGCAUUUCGUUUCUGUAACAUUACGGCACAGAAAAGAAUUGUAAAUAGUUCACAGACACGAGAUGGAAACGGGUAUAAUUUGUUUCUUUAGUUAUUUUAACUGUGUAGGCUGUCAAUCAGAUGUUGAAUUAGCCAAAAGUAGAAGGUGUCAGGAACGUUCACCACAAUCUAUGCUAGACUUAUUUACAGUAGCCCACGUACCUUCUUAGUGUGAUCAGCAGUUUUAAUUGAAAGGGGAUGAAAUCGGUCAAUAGCUUGUGACUGUACUAUGUUUCAAAUAGCUGACAAACAGACCUAUGAAAUAGAAUUUUUAUUAUAUCAUCAAAGAAAAAAUACCCUGGGACAGAAGAAGCUGUUCUUGUGUAAAUUCCUUUCUUUGUGAGAUAUCUUUGUUGGACUUUAGUCUCAUACACCUUUAACCAUAGAAGAAUAUUAAAGGGUUAGUUGACACUCUUUUUGUCCAGACCACAUAGAGAAUGUGAUUUCUAGUUGUUCUUUAAAAGUCAAGAAAGCAGAACUCUGCCUAUUUUUUAACUUAUUCAAUAAGAAGAAAUAAUGUUCUCAGUCAAUGUAGUUCUUUCUGAAUGAAGUCAUCUGCCAUCACUUGGAAGAAUAAUGAAACAUUCCAGAUAAGGAGAUCAGUAGAGACCUUGGCAUCCAUGACAACAUAGUAUGUCACCGUAGACAUUGUGUAUUGUCCUCUCAGACUUCAUAGGGGCUGAAACGUUUCAGUUGUGCCCUAUCUAGGUUGCUGCUAUGUAUCUGAGAGCACUCUGAUGGUUUUAGAAGUGAAAUGUAGAAUAAAGUGUAAUGAAUAUGGGGGCUGGUUCUUAUAUUUCCACAUAAAUGCCUGUUGUUAAGGAAAUUUUAGUUACAGGCUCUCAGGAGUUUUUAGCCCACUUAUCAAGUUGAUACCGUGGAGCAGUUCCCAUAGAGAACCUAUUUACAUGCAACAGACAGUGUGCCCAUGUGCUAGUUGUUCUUAUGUGGGGCUUAGAGAUGCCAAAUUCCAGGGGGGAUGUGGAGCUUUCCUGAAAUUACAGCUGAUCUCCAGAUGACAGAGAAAAUGGUUGCUUUGAGAGGUAGGCCGUGUGACAUUAUACCCCACUGAAGUCCCUCCCCUCCCCAAACCCUGUCUUCCCCAGGCCCACCCCCAAAUUUCCAGAAACUUCUCAACCCAGAAUUAGCAGCCCUUGUGGGACAAGAGAUUCCCACAUGGGAUUUUGAGCUGUAUUAUGUAGCCUGCCUGUCUUUCAUCCUUCUCAUAGUUUCCUUCAUGCUCUACUUAAUUGUCUCUGAACAUCUUUACCCUUUCUGUGUUUUUUCUUCUUUUCUCUAUUUUGGUUCUUAAUCAGAAUGAUCAAAAUAUGCAUGAUACAAAUACAGCUUGCGCUCUCUUCUCAAACAUAGUUUUCUUCCUGCCAUUGAUUUGCUCUUUGGUUUGGUGUAAUUUAAUGAGCAUACAGUAAAGAAGAAGCAAAAAGAAAUUCUCCUGAGCACAACAGCCAGAAGUCUCAGAUUAUGGGUUGCUAAAGUAGAACAAGAAAAUAGGAAUGCUGGUCUCCUUGGGAGUUUUUAUUCCCUGUAGAUAAAUCUUAACACAGUUUACCUGUAAGGCGAUGAUGAAGUAAAAUUAGAUACCAGAUACAGAUGGAAAGAUAAUGCUCACAAUAACAAGAGCCCAUGGUCCAGGAUUCAGGCUAGUGAUAAAGGAACAUCUGCAUCUUAUCCAUCAGAGGGUACAUCUGCAUCACAGAUUUACUGGUUUGUUCUCUAAGUACCUGUCCUCAGGUAAUUCAGGAAUGACUGGGAGUGUCUAAUGAUCCCUAACAGAAUUCUCACCAACCUCAAACUACAAUUCCCAUUUCUAGGAUACUUUGGGGAAGCCAUGAAAAACUAAAUCCCUUAGAGGGUUUGAGUCAGGAUUAGCAAACUAACAUAUUGAAGAACUAAAGAGAAUGUUGCUUAAAUGAUACCUGACUGAUAGAAGCUUGAUUAGUAUAGAAUUAAAUCUAGACGGCUUAACCAGAGAUAACUGGCAUUUCAAUCGGAAUGAGUUCUGAUAUGGGACACUCUUGUUAUGAUAGAUCAUUAAAAGAAUCACGGUGGGAUGUAGUUUAUAGAUUCUUGUAUAAAGAACUGUUCGUAAAUGUUUAUCCUAAAGUCUGAAUAGAAAUCCAACCAGAGGAACAGUGUUAGAGCCAAAUUACAAGUUACAGUUUUCCACAUGUUGGGUCUGCAGUCCCAAUCUGAUUUUGAAACAGUCUGUCACAUAUCAGUGUGAGUUCCCUGCUAGGAACUUAUGCAUGGGGCCCCAAUUUAGAACAGGACCAUGGUGCACUACCCUUUUAUGAAAUAGUCCUGGAGGACUCAGUUUGUUCUGUUGGGAAGCUGUAUGUGUGGCCCAUCAGUACACAUGCAACUCCCAAUGGACAAAUACCACCCCUGGGGUCAUUUCAGGACAGGAAAAUGGUGCAGAAGGAAGCUGAAGCCCCCAUGUGCCAUGGUCCCAAACCCAAUUAGGGCCCUGUGGAUUUGGAAAAUUAGUUCCCUGUGGGAAACUCACUGCUUCUGAUUCAAAGUCAUGUUGGGGAAUGCUGACUGACAACUAAAGUGAUAGCAGUAUAUAAGUGCUUGUCCAUAAUUUUUAGCAUCCAAAGAAUAACUAUGUCUUCUAACUAACUCCUGUGAUAAAAGAUCCAAAAAAUGAGUGAAUGAAAAAAAACUGUCCUAGGAAUUAUAGGCAUGAUGAAUAACUUCCUAGCAUACAAAAGCUAAUGAGUGAACGAUCUGCUAUGUUCUUUACAUAAUUACCUGGAAGUACAUCUCACUGAAAUCAGUGGGACUUAACUCCCAACUAGGCAUGCAUAGAAUUGUAAUGUCUAAUUCUAAAUAUAUUUACUUGGAACAAUGCCCCACUAAACAGGGCCCAGCUUUAGAAUGUUAAUUGUGCAAUCCUAAAACACUUUCCUGGGAGUAAGGUCCAUUGAAUAGACCGGUAUAAGAUUCUGAGUAGGCAUCCUUAGGAUAACACUAGAAACCAAGCAAAAAAUAUAAAAGGAAAAGACUACUGUCAAAUGUCUAAAAGUCUGCCGAAAAAAAUUGUCAAAAUAUAUUAGAGAGUUAAGAAACAACAAUGAUUUAUCUAGCAAGCUCUACUCUUGACAGAUAUGAAAGGAAAAUAACUGGAGGCAAACAUUCAAUUAAGGAGAGGAGCUUGGGCAGCAGAAAUUGUUCCAGAGCACUACAGCAGCUCUAAAAACAAAAUGAUCUGGCCACAAUCAGACGAUCAUAAUUUAAAUUAAUCUUAGCCUUCUACUUGGUGCCAAGGAUAACUUGGCCAAUUGAAGGCACUGGCCUGUAACAGACUCUUUUAUUAGGGCACAGCACCGGCAGCCAGUUUCAUCAAUAAGUGGACAGUAAGGUGCAAACAUAUGCAGAAAUGAAAAACACACUGUGAAAGAGCAAACCAUGUAAUAGCUUUCUACAGAAUUCAGUGGGAAUUGGUAGAAAGGUAGGAUACGAGGAGUAGAACAUCAGAUUCUCAGCAUAUUAGUGGGUAGAACAAUGAUGGGGAACAAAAUGUAGUUGAGAAACCAAAUCCAGUACUCAAUCCAUAAAACUAUAGUGGCUUUAGUAUUAUUAAAAAUGAGCACCUUGGGCUUGUGUUCUUAUUUAGAUCUCUUCAGAUGUGUACAUAGAAUGGUUCGUAGCAUUCUGCUUGCAGAUUAGUAGCCAGUAAAUAGUUAUGGCAUGCCUAUUUCCAUAAAGGAUGCUAACCUUUAUCAUGAAAUUCUAACCUGAUGCCAAUAUUUUCCAAAUAUCUUCCUGGUGUUUGAUCAUUUAAAAAAAUGCAGGCAAGUCCUAUGCAAGCUUAUGCAGAAAUAACAAGUCUCAGUGGGACUUAUUUAUUGUUAAGUGUCCAUAGGAUUAUAUCUGUAAUAGGACAAGCAGGCUUUCAAGGACUGUUUACCAACUGUAAUUCAUAUAUAUACUUGAUCUUUCUUUGCCUUGCUUAGAUCUAAACAUAUCCAGAAUAAAUUCAUAGGCUAGUAAAUUUCUCACUGUCUCUGAUUUUAUUUGUUGCCUCACAGAGACUAAUUUAAUCCAUAGAUUCAUCAAUGAUCUCAUAAGUGUUGGAAUGAGAAAGCUUGAAAAGUUAUUUUCUCAUUUUCAUCAGAACUGUGAAUGAUUCGAAACUGUGACUUGUGAACCGAUAAGUACCUGUGUAUAAACAGCAGCUUUUUGUGUAAGAAGCCAACUCCAAGGUAUAGACCAGCUAUUCCUUAUUCCUAAUUGUCAUUUCUUUUGAGGGGGUAGAAAUUCAAACGGUAAAGCCAUUUCCAUCACUGCAUCUGCAUGCCAUAAAAAACUAUCUGUUGGAUUUUUGCUUCCUGGUACAGUUAGAAGACCAAGUGCCCUACUAGGGGGAAAAAAGGUGGCAACCUUUCCUUCCACUGUGCAGGGUUGAGGUGGCUCAAGAAUAAGUCAGAUCCUGGUUUGGCUUUUGCAUUGUCAAGAGAAUGACUGAGCUGAAUUCCAGCUGUGGGAUUUUUAUUCCAGGUGAUGACUCAUUAGCCCUGCUUGAUCUUCAGCCCAGGCAGAGUAUACAGGCUGACAGCCAGCAAAAGCAAGGUUUAUUUGUGAAUGUCGCAGAUGCCUUUGCAUACAGUUGGUGCUCGAUUCAUGUCAAGCUCCUCUGGGCCGUUCGGGUGGAAAGUGGCAUCAGCGCCUCUGGAGAGAUUACCAGCAUGGUUUAUUUCAUGUGGCUGAGGCUUUGGGGACUCAGCACUUUGCAGAAAGCAGGCUGCACUCUGAGGUGACUGAGAACAGCUCUGUUAACUUUCCUUCAGUUUUAUGCAUGCAGGAUUUGGCCAAGGAAUUUGGGGAACUACAAACAAAAUGUUUCAUAGAACCCAGCAAGGAAAGCAAUUUCAAGAAAUAACAUUGUGGUAACGGUUCCAGGUGUAGUCAUACCUGUUAUUUGCUGGACCAUACUUAUUUCUUGCUCUUUUUCAUUCUCUCUCCCUGCCUGUUUGUCAAUCUUCCUCCUUGCCCUCUCCCUCUGUUCCUCACAAACCCAGCAUUGUUGCUCUCUUCUCAUCCCCUGUCUUGUGCUUCAGUGUUCUGAAGUGCAUACUAGGAUAUUGCCUAGAUAAAUGGUGUGAAUUUACCUUGACAAAUAACUGCCCAGAAUGGAGGCUUCUCCCCAGAUUGUCCCUUUCUUUACCCUGUUUCCUGUCAUGUGGAAAUGUGCCACCUUGAGCUUGAAUCAGUUUCAUGAGCAGCUGUUCCCUUAGGCCGGGUUAUUCUGUUGUAAAAUGCCUGCUGAACAGCCAAGUUACCUUUCUCAGUCCUGUUCCUGCAUGAACCAGCCCAAUAUAGUCUCCCCCCCCACCCGCCUUGGAUUCUAGGGGAUUGCUACUCAACAAUUCCAUUCCACAAGAAGUUCUUUCAUGCACUACUGCUCUGACAGGCUUAAGGACCAAUUAGCUCAUCCUUGCUUAUCACUCAUUGACUGCCGCUUCAGCUGAUACUUGCAUGUGUGAAUGAUGAAGCAUGAGCCAUCACAGGUUCAUCACCAUGGACAGAUGUUUUGCAUCAUCCAGUCUCUACUCAUAUGCAGUGCUUUCCCAAGGAGAUGUUUCACACAUUCAGCUGAGUCAAGUCAUCGAGUGAUGAAAAUUCUGAGCAAUGCACAUGCUUGUGUGAACCAGUCCAACUUGUGUAAAAAAAUUCAUGCACUCUCUCUGAUGUCAUAUGGAGCAGCUGACUGAAUUAACUGUUAACAUUGAUCACAGGGGUGCUGAAUUACCAGGCAUCUAUCCCAGUGCUGAUGUACCCAUCACUUGCAGUGCUUAUAUUCAGGAAUCAUGUCCUUGCUAUUGAAACCCAUAUGGACUAAGGGUAAAUCAGCGUAUGCUUCUGUCAUUCUUACUGCCUAGUGAGGGGGGGGGGCAGGUGUCUGUCUAUCUCCAGAAGGCUUUCUCUGGAGGAACAAGCCAACAGUCUCACAAAACACAUGCAGCAUACAAAUAAGCCAAAACACCAACAAAACUCCAGGUGGUGGUGUUCAUAAAAUUUGCCUCUGAUGCAGGAGAAGUGACUGGACUGGACUGCACUAUCACUAGCAUCUCACUAACCAAGUCCACACAGCCAGAAAGAACCUUUCCUGUAAACGGGCAAAAUGCAGCAUCUCUCUGUUAGGCUGUACUGAAUGCACACUUCCCUCCUAGUGUAUUGUGUGAAUACAGAAAGCAGAUUAACCCUGUCCCCCACCACACACUCCAUGAGAUGUACUGUAUAUCUUCCUGAGCGUGGCCUACUCUUCCUCCUUUCCCAUGAAUCUACUUGUGAUUCCCUGCAUGGAAUUGUUUGAGCUGUGUAAUGUAGCCCAUGUUUAUAUAUAUAAAUCCUAACUGAUGUGGUUUU